AUGCUGGGCCCGGCAACGCGCUGCUGCCUGCUGCCGGCGGUGAGGCGGUCGGCGUUUGCCCAACCGGGGCUGGAGGGGCUGCGCAUUGCUGCGUACGCGCCUGCGGAACCGGGCGUGCCGUCCUCGCCGCGCCGGCUGCCCGUGGCCGUUGGCCGCGUGGUCGCACAGCUGUCGCCUCUUGUGUUCGCGGUGGACUUUAGGGACAGCCCACCGCCGCCCGCCGUGUCGCUGGGGUCGCGUGUCUACGUGGCCUACGAGCGCGAGGGCGCGACGCCGCUGCCACAGCAGGGCGGCGGGGCCGUGGACGAUGCGCCGGGCCGCGGCUUCUUGAUGUGUGGCUUCGUUGUGCGGGUGAACCUGAACGGCACCUUCGGCGUCCUGCUGGAGAACAAUAGGGUGGACCUGGGGGUCCCGCCGGAGAGGAUAGCCGUGACGGAGGGCGUGUGCAAGUUCGUGCGCCACCCCGAGUACUUGCAGGUCGCCGAGUGGGUGCGCUCCGCUGGGCUCUCGGGGGCCGACGAGGUGGAGAGCACCGCGUGCAUGCUGUACCAUCGCGGCUGGCGGGCAGAGCGUCUGCACCUGCUGGAGGCCUCUGACACCCACCUCCUGGCGCACCUGUCCCAGCGCUCCCGCAUGUCGCUCAUGGAGAAGGCGGAGUGGCAGCGCGACCACCACCGUCAGAUGCGCAGCCUCUACUCGGAGCGCGUGAAGGAGCGGGACCGGCGAUACAUGGCGGCCAAGUACGCCGGCAUCCUCUCCGCCAGCGUCGCCUUCUGCGGCGCGUUUUCGCUGUUUGGGUGGAACUACAGGAACCACCUGACACACCAGCGCUCCUACCAGAUGCGCUUUGCGGUGAGGACGCUCUGCAAGGAGGCACCUCCCGGAGCGUCCACUACCGCCGACGCGGCGCACCAGCUGUCCAGGCAGACUCGCCGAGAGGCACUGGAGCGCUGGAUUCGGCCAGUGUUUCAGCAGCUGGACACAGCGCACCCUCGCAUUGUGGUGAUCACCGGGUCCUUUGGGUGUGGUAAGAGCUCGCUGUGCCGCGCUGCAAUGCGCGGGGAGGGCAUGGCUGUCGUGGUCGUGGACGUGCGCGUGAUGGAGGACCCGCUGCGCAGCGUCAUUAAGGCCCUUGGUGUGCCGCACGUGGAGGCCUGCGGCGACGCGCUCGACUUCAUCUCCGAGGCAUGCUGCAGGGCCAAGUCCAUGAUGGGUGGAAAGACACCCGUGAUUGUGCUGAGGCUGCGUGAGGCGGACAGCCUGGCACGUGUGUACAGCGAGGCACUGGCGCUGGCGUGCGAGCGCCGCAUGUGCCACGUCGUGGUGGAGGUGCCCCUUGAGGCGCUAACCGUGACGAGCACGUUGCUGCCGCGGUUGGACUUCUACACGGUCCCCAACUUCAGCCGCUCGCAGGCGCACGAGUACAUCCAGCAUCGCCUCGACGCCCUCGACACGGAGGCGUUUCUGGAUACGGUGGGCACGAGCCGCGCCGACCUGGACGAGCUGCUUGCGGCUGCUCAUCAGCGCCGUGUGUCGCCGGCGGAGUACACGAGCGAGCGGCUGCUCAGGGCGAUGCGCCAGCUGCAGGCGGCGUGGGGCGAUGACGCGCAGCUCAAGACGGCUGUAAAGCGUCUGGCGCAGCGGCCAUACGGCGAAGGCCGGCACGAGGGCCUCGACGGCAGCAGCCUCAGCCACCCCUCACUGCGCGAUGUGGUCCUCUACAACCCUGUGCAGGAUGCCUGGCACUUCAGGAGCCGAGUGCUACACACGGCCGCCGCCUGCUUGCUGUAA